AUGUUCCUUAAAGGUCUCAUCUUUGUUGGCCUAGCAGGCAUCUGCUUUGCUGCUGAGCACGCCUACUCCUCUCAAAGCAUCGUUCUCCAUCACACCGAACAUAAACAAGAGCACCAUGCUCCCCUUAAAGUUGUAGUCCCUGUGGUCACUAAGAAAGUGGUUCCCGUAGCCCAUUACGUGGUGGAGAGCUCUGGACAUGAGCAUAAGGAGCACAAAUAUGAGCAUCACGACCACAAACCCGCCGUUUCUUCCCAGCAUAUUGAGCGUCAUGACAUCCCCGCUCACCCACCUAAGGGUUUCUUUGAUGAACAUGGACCUGCUAAGUACGAGUUCGAGUACAAAGUGCACGACCCUCACACGCACGACGUGAAGCACCAGCACGAGUCUCGUGACGGACACGCCGUGCACGGGGUCUACAGUCUGCACGAAGCUGACGGCUCCAUCCGCACUGUCAAGUACUCCGCUGACAAGAAGACUGGAUUCCAAGCUGACGUACAGCACUCCACCAAGCACGAACAUCAUGGCCACCAUUAA